UUUAACAACAAGGGCCAUGCCACAAAGACUCCAUUGUAUAUAAAUUGCAGUAUGGGACAAAGGUGGAAGAAGACGGUCACCAACUCCCACUUCCCUGCAACUUAUAAUAGUGUCUAGAAAGCACAAUGUGGCCUUAUUUUUUACACAUUUUCAACCUGUAAUCAACCCAAGUAACACAAAACCCUCUUGAUUUCAUCUUUGUUUCAUUGAUCAGAAGCUUAGAGCUUAGAACUUGGAACAAUAUCUUUUCUGUCAAAGUAAGUUGAAGUUCAUACCCUUUUGACCUUUGUUCUUCUUUAAACAAAUACCCAAAAAGAAAAGCUAUAAAGAUUCUGCCUUUCUUCACUGUUAAGACUUGCACAGUGGAUACAAAGAUGAACCCACAUUCUUUAGCCAUUGUUUAAGCUGCUUUUGUGUUCAUAUGCAAGAACAAAAGUUGGGGUUUUGACCUUGAUUUCAGUCUUUCAGAGGGUUUUUUAAGGACCCACAGAAUUUUAUGGUUGUGGGUCUGUAAAAGUUUUGAACUUUGAUACUCUUGGAAGGAAUGAGUUUUGAAGAGUGUAGUACUAGCAGUAGCAUGGGUGAAGUUGGAUCAAUGAAAUCUGUUCACAGGCGUUCUAAAAGGUACCUACUGGGGGUGCAAACGAGACGAGCCGAGCCCGAGCUCGACCAGGCUCGAGCUCGAGCUCGUGUAACAUAUGAAAGCUCGAGCUCGAGCUCGGCUCGAAGUUUUCCUGACAAGAGUAAAUUUAAAGAAGAUGUCAUGGAACCUUCUCAAUGUUUUAAGUUGGAAAAGGGUCACUCGAAGAUUGCUAAAAAGAAUCACUUGCCUAAUUCUCAAACCCAGAUCUCAUUACAGGAUGAGAUAUUGCAGCUCAAGAAAAGACUACAAGACCAAGUUAGUGUGCGGGGUGCUUUUGAACAAGCGUUAGGAUGUCCAUCUUCUAACGACAUUACAAAUCAAGCCUCUGUUCCAAAGCCUGCAAUAGAGCUAAUUAGAGAAAUCGCGGUUUUAGAGUAUGAAGUUUCACAUUUGGAGCGAUAUCUUCUCUCACUGUACCGGAAGACAUUUGAUCAUCAAACUUCAUGUCCAUCACCAUCAAGAAAUGAUCAAAGGUUAAUUACUCCAAGAGGAAAGAUUCUAGAAACUUCUAGAGCCGAUAUCUCGUUACAACACAACUCUAAUAGAUGUUUUGAAGAAGAUGAAGUUGUAGCUUCUGGUAUUCAACAUUCGGUAACAAGAACUUCACCUGUUUUUGGCAAAUCGUUACGCGCUUGUCACUCUCAACCACCAUCUAUGAUGGAGUACGCUCAUACGACUUCAAACAUAACUAGUCUAGCUGAACACCUCGGUACUAGAAUAACCGAUCAUAUUCCCAUGACACCAAAUAAGGUAUCCGAAGAUAUGGUGAAGUGCGUGUCGGCUAUAUACUGCAAGCUUGCAGACCCGACAUUAACUAACAAUGGUCUCUCGUCUCCUACGUCAUCUUCAUCAUCUUUCUCACCGAAAAACCUCCCCGAUAUGAUGUGGGGUCCAGGGUUUAGAAGAGAUUCAUCGUCGUUUGACGUGCAGUUAGAUAACCCGUUUUAUGUUCAAGGGCUUAAGGAGUUUAGUGGACCUUACAGUACAAUGGUUGAGAUUCAAUGUCUUUAUAAGGAUAAUCAGAAACUUAGUGAAGUUGAACACAUGCUGCAACACUUCAGGUCGCUUGUUUCUCGAUUAGAGGACGUAAAUCCGAAGAAACUGAAGCACGAAGAGAAGUUGGCGUUUUGGAUUAAUGUACAUAAUGCAUUGGUGAUGCAUGCUGUUUUGGCAUAUGGAAUCCCACAAAACAAUAUGAAGAGGGUUUUUCUACUGUUGAAGGCUGCAUAUAACGUUGGUGGUCACAUAGUAAGCGCAGAUGUGAUUCAGAACCAUAUUCUGGGAUGUCGAAUGUCUCGUCCUGGACAGUGGCUCCGACUGUUAUUAUCUUCAAGAACAAAACUAAGAGCAGGAGACGCAUACGCAAUUGAUCAUCAAGAGCCCCUUUUGCACUUUGCACUUUGUUCAGGAUGCCAUUCCGAUCCUGCGGUUCGUGUUUACACCCCAAAACGAGUUAUCAACGAGCUAGAAACAGCUAAAGAAGAGUUCAUCAGGGCCACAUUUGGUGUAGGGAAAGACCAAAGAAUUCUUUUACCAAAAAUCGUCGAAAACUUUGCUAAAGACUCGGGCUUAUGUGCGGCUGGUGUGAUCGAAAUGAUCCAACUUUGCUUACCGGAUACAAUUAAGAAAAGCAUAAACAAAAACCAAAUCGCGAAAUUACGAAAGAAGAUUGAAUGGGCUGCUCAUGAUUUUGGCUUUAGGUAUCUAAUUUCUAAGGAACUUGUGAAAUAACAUCUUAUGUUCUGUUUUUUAAGGUUUAUUUCUUUUUCUUGCUUGUGUGGCUUAAUUGUUAGUGAGUUGUACAUUAUGCAAUAAAAGGUGUACAUUACUGCAUUGUUAUUGGACAACAGAGUACAACUCAUUACUGCAUAACAGAUCCAGAUGCUACAUUGGCCAGCUAAACAUCAAUUAAUUAAAAAAAA